GCCGCAGUGGCCUCGCAACCACCAAACUAAAGCCAGUCUCGAAAGAUACCAAGACAUACCCCUAAAAUUGAAGGCCAAUGUUGUCGUUCCCAACACCCAGCGUCUACCAGGCGUCGAAAUGCUUCGUCACCUACGGCACCAUGGCCCACGUCGAGCCGAAGCAGCUGCCCACCAAGGGGAAGCCGUGGGCGCCCAUCCUGGGCCAGGGAUUCAACCACAAGGUUGAACUCAUCCUGCCUCAGGAGUGUUAUGAGUUGGUCCGACAGAAGCUUGUCAAGGAACUCGCGGCGCCGACGUUCCACCGCGUCAUCAUGACCCUCGGCCAGGUGCUGGACGGUGCAUUUUUCAACGAGUACAUCAAGAGAGGCAACAUCCUCAUGCUCUCGGAGGGCAGGACGACCGUCGAAAACGUCUUCUCCCUCCACGAGGGCCUGCUUACAAUGUACCUCGACAAAGAGACGUACGAGCGGGCCGGCUUGGUGGGCAAGCCUCACGGCGUCAAGGGGAAGAGAGGCCUCAAGCCGAGAUGGGUUGUGAGCUACCAGCUCCGAGACCCGUCGAUGCUUCACGGCAAAAAGGGGUUCGACAGACUCGCCUAUGCAUGCAAAAAUGUUCUCAACACGCCCGUAACGUGGUUGUUCUGCAACGCCGCGACUACCACUCCCUCGCCAGACCCCCUGGAUCCGUAUUUCCCAACACGAUACACCUGCGAGCCCGCCCUCGUGCCCGGCAUGCAGGUCAAGACGGCGCCGCUGGCGAUCCCUGCCGACAUGAUUCAGAACGGCGACAGGCUCGCCCUCGAAGACUUUUCCACAGAGACGUACGAAUGGCUGUCCCUGAUCCGUCUGCAGAGCCCCCGCGUCGAGUCCGGAGACACUGUCGACCCCUAUCUCUCGCGCUACCAGGUCCCAGGCAGCCUCGACGCCGAAGCCGGCGCUGGCGCCGCAGCGCACUUGAACGUCUGUAAGAUCACGUGGCAGGGCUUCUUCACCUCAGACUGGGUUCGGAGCGUCCUUAUCCAUGCCCUCGUCGCCCUGCCGUCGCGGACCUGGCUCUCCCUCAGCGCAACGUCCUUUUCCAAGGGCAUGGCCGGCGAUAGCCCCGAAAUCGCGUUCCUCCGGCCGCCCGAGUCCCCCGGGCAUUACCUGUUUUGGGAAAUCAAGAGCGACGAUUAAACACUGCGAUUGGCUACCUCGUUUUUCUUCUUCUCUUUCUGCUCUCUCUGCUCUCCUUAACCCUGCUUCUGACGCACGCUACGCUCGUCGCCCAGGCCCUGGUCGAGGAUGGCGUCCUCGAUGAGGCGGCGCAGCUCGGCCUGGCCCUCGUCCGUGUGGAAGUCUUCUCUCUCGGCCAGCUGUUCUAUCCGGCGCUUGAACUCGGGGUCGACCUCGUCGGGGACCUCGUCGGCCUGAUCCAUGGUGCCGAGUGUCACAGCGAGACCCUCAGGGACGGGCGGCAUGUCGACGGGCGGUGCGGCAGUGUCGGACGCUGCGGUGGUUUGGGCUGCGGUGGUUUGGUCACCACCCUCGGCGGCGGCAGCAGCGGCGGCAGCGGCAUUUCGUUGGGACUCGAUGCCGUUGAGGUACUGUGCGACUUCGGGGUAGUCGGCCUCGCCCUCGAUCUUCUGGCUGGCGGUGAUGCCGUCGGCACCCUUGGCGUUGAUGUCGGCGCCCAGCUCCUCGACAAGGCACUUUGCCGCCUCGACGGUCUCGACGACGAACAGGGCCGUCUCCUCGUCCUCGUCCCUCAGGUCGACAUUGACGCCGAACUCCCGGACCAGAGCGCGCAAGAGAUCGAGGUGGUUGUAGCUCGCGGCGGCGUGGACGAGAGAGUAUCCGUGCUCGUCCUGGCCCGCGGCGAUGGCGGGGUUCUCGCGCAGGAGCGUGAGCAGGGCCGCGGGGUUGUCGGCGGCGAGGAGGUAGGGGUUGGAGGCCAUCUUUAGUUGUGGUGGCUUAGCCUUUGGGUGUCUGGUUUGGUUGGCUAGUUGGUAGUAUUUUGUGUGAAAUGAAAGAAAUUGAGGCCAAAUCCGAAGGUGGCGCAGGCGUGUCUGUUCUCGAUGGAAGAUGCGACGCGAUGAAUGCAAUGGGGUGCGAAUGGGAAAUUUUCUGCCGUGCGAUGCGGGGGAGGUCCUGGUGUGACGCAGUACCCUA